UUUGGCUGAAACAAAUCCAGAGUGAGAGAGAAAGUUUCUUCAAGAAAAAAAAAGAAAAGGGAGGGGGGCUUAAUCAACAGUCGUUGAUAAGAUUGGCGGAAUGGCCACGGCGGCUUCCAAUCCCUACCUACCCAGCAGUAGUAUAUUAUCGUCCGGCUCCAUCGUGCACUCGGACUCCGGAGGCGCGGGCAUGCAGCCGGGCGGUGGUGUUGUGACCUCGGUGUCCUCCGGUGGCUUUCGAGGCGAGUCGGCGGUGAAAAUGGUGCAGAGUGACUUCAUGCAGGGUGCCAUGGCGGCCGCGAGUAACGGCGGCCACAUGCUGAGCCACGCACACCAGUGGGAGACGUCGCUGCCGCACGCAGCCGCGGCAGCCGCCGCAGCCGCCGUGGCAGCCGCCGAGGCCGCGUCCCCUUGGUCCACCAGUCCGGUUGGCAUGGCCGCCAGUCCGCAGCAGCAGUCUCAACAACAGCAGCAACAAGACGUCAAGAGCAGCACGACAAGAGAGGACUUGCAUACCUCCAGCGCGCUGCACCACCGGCAUCUAGGUGCCCACCAGGCGCACUCUGCUCCAUGGGGCGGCGCCGCGGCUGCCGCGCACAUCUCCGCCAUUAGCGCAAGCCAGCAGCAGCAGCAGCAGCAACAACAGCAGCAGCAAUCGCUCAUCUACUCGCAACCGGGUGGCUUCACGGUGAACGGAAUGCUGAGUGGCGGCCAAAGCCUGGUGCACCCGGGUCUGGUGAGAGGUGGCACGCCAGAACUGGAGCAUGGCGCGCACGGUGCGCACCCUCAUCAUCACCACCAUCAGCAUCACCAUCACCACCACCACCAGCAGCAUCAACAUCAGCACCACCACCAGCAACAAAGCCACCACGGCACCAACAACCACGAAGCACACUCGGACGAGGACACGCCGACCUCGGACGACCUGGAGCACUUCGCCAAGCAAUUCAAGCAGCGGCGCAUCAAACUCGGCUUUACGCAGGCCGACGUGGGCCUCGCUCUCGGGACACUUUACGGCAAUGUCUUCUCUCAGACGACCAUAUGCCGCUUUGAAGCACUGCAACUCAGCUUUAAAAACAUGUGCAAGCUCAAGCCGUUACUGAACAAGUGGCUUGAGGAGGCUGAUUCGAGCACGGGCAGUCCAACCAGCAUCGACAAGAUCGCCGCGCAGGGCCGCAAGCGCAAGAAGCGCACCAGUAUCGAGGUGAGCGUCAAGGGCGCUUUGGAGAGCCACUUCCUCAAGUGCCCCAAACCGUCAGCGCAGGAGAUCACCAGCCUGGCAGACACCCUACAGCUGGAGAAGGAAGUGGUGCGUGUCUGGUUCUGCAACCGCAGGCAGAAGGAGAAGCGAAUGACGCCGCCCGGGGUGCCACCAACGCCGGACGAUGUGUACUCGCAAGUCGGCAAUGGACAUUUUUUAGUAGAUUACUUAAAAGACGCAAGUUUAAACGGGCCGAGCGAGCCGGGCGACCAGAGGGUGACACCAACCACACGUUCAUUCCACCAGGUAAUUUUGGCGCAUUGACAUCAACAAAACUUGGAAAUGAAUUGAAAAUGAAUUUGCCCCCCUGUCCCUCCUUACCCACUAUCCCCUAAACACUUGUGUUUUUGAAAUGGAACCAAAAGCAGGCAUUGCAUGUAUUGGACGUUAAACCCUUCAAAAAGGAAUGACAUUCGCCAGCACAGAAGAGAAAGCAUAAAGCAUCCACGACGCUUCCGACUUUUUUUUGAGAGAAGACAGACUGCACGGUAUAUAUGAUUUUCCCUACAAAAACACAACACACAAUGGGAUUUUCCCUUGCCUUCCAGUAAACACAACGACAUUUUUGAGAUCUCUAAGAUCAAAUAUUUUGUGAACGUUUUUAUGCUAAGGACUAAACGUCACACGGAUUUUUGGACAUUGGAAAAAAGACUUGAGGCUUUCUCAGCUGCACUUAUUUAAAAUCCUCUGCGGGAGCUGUGGAUGUUCUUCAUGCUGCCAUUUCCAAGCAGUAUUCUUUGGUAGGUUUUAUUAAACGUGACUAUGUAAAGCCGGCAAUAUAUAGAUUCCCUAUCAGAUGUUGAUCGGAAUUAUUUACUUUAUAUUUUCAUCCAAAUGCUUUGAUUUAAUAUUUUAUUCGGGAUACAUAUAAAAUAUUCCAAACAGUAAUUUAUUUCUCCCCCUUGCAGAAUUGUGUAAAAUGUUCAUGUUCCCUCUCCUAAUUUUUGUUGUCGAUCUAAUUUGUUUCGUUUAAUUUUGUAUAUUUUUUGAAUAAGCACAAAUCAAAACGAACUGACUUUGGCAGUAGGCAACAAAGGGUAUUUUGAUGUGAUGAUUUGAUUGUAAUUUAAUUUCAUUAGUGAUUCCGUACGAGAUGAUUGAGAACAAUAAAUUUCUUAGAAUGAA